CAAAUUACACUGCACAUCUUUAUACUGUUGGAAAGAAUUUAGCAGUUUCGUUAUUAAAAUAAUGUUUCUUACGACGUAAGUUUGUGUUUAUAAUGGUAUUUGUAAAAUAAAACACUAUAUUUUAUUCAUAAUGUUGAACUCCUCUUUGAGCACAUCCCUUGAAGGAUCAUAGGUAUUAGCAACACCUGUGAAAUUGUAUUAGCAGGAAAGAAGUGUGUCCCGUUUAUUGAAGUAUUUUGUGUUUAGAGUUUUUAACGUCUUGUCCAUGCGUAGUUCAGUUACGCUCAUAGCUGCUAGCCAAAAUUCUGGAGUUAAAAGUUUUCUGGCUUUACUAAAAUACCUGUCUGUACUUAUUUGAUUGAUGGUAGUUUUACUUUCUAUUAGACUCCAGAUGUAAUCAUUUGGCACGUUUCUAAAUCAUAAUUUGUAAGAAUGUAAUUGGUGAUAUUAGCAUUAGCAUUCCUAUGGGUUUUUCCAUGUAUAUUAGCAUUGUGCUAACCACGUGCUGCCAAAUUGCAGCCUUUGCAAUUAGAAAAUCUCCUUUUGUCGCAUCGCAAUUUAAUUGCACAUGCAGUUAAUCGUUCAGCCCUAAUAUACAUGCAGCUCUAUGCUAAAAGUGUUUUUUCAAAGAGGUAAUGAUGGAUUUCUUUGUAAAAGUUGUCCAUCUUUCCAACAGAAAGAUUUGCCCGGACCAACGUAACGUGAUUACGUAAUUCCGUAAGGUUCCUGUUCAGCCAAUCAACUACUUUGACGUCAUUGGCAGUCGACGGAACCCGAGCCGAUCUUGCACCCGAGCAGAUCCUGUACUAACACCGCUGUCUGCAGGUCCGCUGUCUCGGACAAACUAAACACUCCUCUCACUCAGUGCCAAGUUUACUCAGCUACUUGCCGACGUUGAAGCCCAGAAACAGAGAUUUUAACCGCUCAGUAAUGUGUUCACAACUGAAAGAGAAAGUUUUCCAACUAACUUCCAGACAGAGCUGAUAUAACUCCAGCGAGCAGCGACACGCUCAAACCAGCACGACUCUGUGGCUGCUGUAGUUGUUAUUUUUCCUCCCCGACACACAACAUCGUGGUCAAGUUGCUCAGACAUGUUCAUCAGCACAAACCUAUGUGAGCACCUGUUGUCAUCUAAUGUUGUCAUUAUUAUGAUGAAGAUGAACAAAACAACAGGAGUCUCCUCCUCAGCUCAGAUCAACCCCAUGAUGCAGGUAUCUGGCUGGAACAGGGACCAGCAGCAUUCGGAGAAUGGCCCCUGCAGAGAUGCCUGGAUCCUCGAGCACAACCCAGAGUAUGAAGAAGACGAUUGGGCACCGGGGCGUUGAGACUACAACAGGGGAGACCACGUACAAAAAGACCACGUCAUCUGCCCUGAAAGGUGCCAUCCAGCUGGGCAUCGCUCACACGGUGGGCAGCUUGAGCCAAAAGGCAGAGAGAGAUGUUCUCAUGCAGGACUUCGUGGUGGUUGAAAGCAUCUUCUUCCCAAGUGAAGGCAGCAACCUGACCCCUGCUCAUCACUACAGUGACUUUCGCUUUAAGACCUACGCUCCCAUUGCUUUCCGUUACUUCAGAGAAAUGUUUGGCAUCCGUCCAGACGACUACCUGUACUCUUUGUGUAACGAGCCUCUGAUCGAGCUGUCCAACCCCGGAGCCAGCGGGUCCAUCUUUUAUGUCUCCAGCGACGACGAGUUUAUCAUCAAGACCGUCCAGCACAAAGAGGCCGAGUUUCUCCAGAAACUCCUGCCGGGCUACUUCAUGAAUAUAAACCAAAACAAACGCACCCUGCUACCCAAGUUCUACGGCCUGUAUUGUGUUCAGGCGGGGGGGAAGAACAUCCGUAUCGUGGUUAUGAAUAAUCUUCUCCCUCGGAUCGUCCCCAUGCACCUGAAAUACGACUUGAAGGGCUCCACCUAUAAGAGACGAGCUUCUCUGAAGGAAAGAGAAAAGGCUGUUCCUACUUACAAAGACCUGGACUUCAUCCAGGACUUGCCCGAGGGCCUUCUGCUGGAGGCGGACAACUUCAACGCCCUGUGCAAGACCAUUCAGAGGGACUGCUUGCUCUUACAGAGUUUCAAGAUCAUGGACUACAGUCUGCUAAUGGGCAUCCACAACAUAGACCAGGCGAGUCGGGAGCGUGAGCGCGGUGGGGCCGCUGCAGGAGACCGAGUGGUGUUGGAGGGUCCAGUGACUCCAGACCAGCGUCGGCCUCAAGCCCAGAAGAGCCUGUACUGCACAGCCAUGGAGUCCAUCCAGGGGGAGGCUCGGGGGAAGGGAGCUUUAGACUCAGAGGACCAUGUGGGGGGGAUCCCAGCUCGCAAUGCAAAAGGGGAGCGGUUGCUCAUUUAUAUCGGCAUCAUAGAUAUUCUCCAGUCCUACAGGUUUAUUAAGAAGCUGGAACACUCUUGGAAAGCCUUGGUCCAUGACGGGGACACCGUCUCGGUCCACAGACCUGGCUUCUACGCAGAACGCUUCCAGCAGUUCAUGUGCAACACGGUGUUCAAGAAAAUCCCACUCAAGCCAUCCCCUUCCAAGAAGAGUCGCAGCGGAGGUCAAGGGGGGCUCAGAAGGGCCGCUACUCUGGGGGCUCCCACCCCGCUCUCCCACACAACAGGACAGUCAGCCGGGGACUCCAGACUCGUCUAUCUCAGUCAUUUUAGAAGCACCGAGUCAGAGGCCGACAGCGGAAUCCAGUCAGGCAAACCAGAUUUGGUUCCUAGGACCCCCCCGCUGGUAGAUAACCCCAACGAUGAGGGCAACCUGUCCACCUCAUCACUAGGCAGCACAGGAGUUUCCUCCGCCUCGCCUCCGCUACGGUCUGUUGGAGUGGAAGUGCACAAACCGGCAAACACGGAGCACGAGCAGGGAAUCUCUCGCAGUUUUGGAGACGAAGCUGAUAAUUCAGGAAACGUGUCUGGAAACGAAGACGUCAUUUCCCUAACCGACAUCAUCCCAGAGACUAAUCUCUAAUCUCGGAGAAAGAACUCCCCGCUGGAGGAGAGGAGACGAGGCCCCUCUGGACGUGACGAAGCGGACGGCAUGAGUGAAAGUCAUCUGUCCGAGGCAAAGCUCUUCAUCGCACCGUGUUGUCUUCUCAUCACUGCAGCGUAAACUUGCGACAGCGAGGAGAAGAAAAGAGAGGAUGUGGUUGGCUUCAGGCGUUCCACGGCCGUCACCGUGUCCUAAUGUUUGUCCACAACCGUCCAGUGAGACUUCCGGCCCCGAAGGGGAGCUCCGUUUUAGCUGCUGCAGCGCCACGCUCACCGAACACCGACUUCCUCUCGUGUCUGUCUGCUGGGAGGACAUAUUGGGCUGUAUGUUGUUAAAAACGAACGAAGCCCAGUCGUAGGGACAGUCCUGUCCAUGAACAGACGUGGUCUGUGUCCACAGAAGUCAAUCAUCACCUGCUGCUGUCGACUUUGCAAUCAAAUAUGCAUUUUUCCUCUUGUCAUUGUAAAUAUACAGUAUGUGUUUGAGUUCGGGUCGGUGGACAGAACAGAACCUGGUGGAUUACUUUAGGUUUAAGUUAUUCUUGUAGAAGUGGUGCUACGUAGAGCUCGCCGCUUGUUUUUUCUGAAUGUAUUUAAUGUCUUCUUAUAUAAAAUGUGUCUUAUUCAAGCGGCAGACCACGUUCAAACACCCCUGCGACCGACCCCCGCCUGCGAUGUGGCCACGUGUGCUGAAGGAGGAAGGAGUUCCGGGAAGUUCAUCGGGUUACGGUCCGUCGUGUGUGUGUGUGCCUUUAGUCGUACUUGCUGCGUAUACCUGACACUUGUGAAGGUUUGUGCUCUAGCUGCACGCUGACACCUGCCUUAUCACUACAGCUGAAGUCAUAAAACAGCCGCUUUGUUUCCCAUUUCAAUGCAAACGCUUGAUACGCCACUUCUGCACGUUUUUACCCUCCUGGCAUCAUAGUUCAGACGUCUGAUUCCGUACUGCUGGAUGCAGAAACGGGCCUCUACCAACAUGGAGUCCUGGACCAAGAUUACUAACCCCGUGUUUGACUUGACCAACCCCAACCCUACUUCAGUAUUCAUGCCCAUAAAGAUCAACGUGGGGCAACGAAGCUACGGUGGUAGCUUGAAAACAACAUUCUCUUCCUGGUAACUGCAGCAAAACUGGACAUCAUCUCAUUUUUUACCAUUACUCCUGAUGUUGAGCACAUGUGGUCGAUGCAGCAGCGUGUGUGUGUGUGUGUGUGGGGGGGGGGGUGUUAGAUGCACAGAGGAGAGGAUUUGGGAUUGUUUGCAACUCUAAAACAAGUUAUGGCACCAAAGAGAGGAGAGACGCGACGUCUUCACCGGAACACGGGUGAUCGGUUACGUUCAGUUUCAUUUCUGAUGGGCUGCAUGUUAGUCGUUGUUUUUGCUCAUCGGCUGGUUUACUUCGCAGUCUGAAACAUUUCAAAAUAAGACUCGUUCCCGUUAAACGUCUACGUGCUACGGAUGUGGUAGCACCGAGGACCUGCUGUUCACCACCUUCAUGUUGUGCUGGUGUAAAUGUGAUUUCAUUGGCUGAGGGUGGAGAAGACGCUCCAGCAGUCUGAUUAGAGGUUUGUGGCAUGUAGGUUUUAUUUAUUUUAUUACUAUUAUUUGUAUUUUCUAAUGGAAAGCAGUGGUUGUUUGCUGGAAACAGAACAGUUUGUUUGGCACCCGUUGGUGCUUUAUGGUGCAGGCGGUCGCGGACACUACGGUAAAACAAAGUAAUGCAAUACGACCCACGACCUGCCGUCUUUCAGCCCUGAAGUAUAUUUAUUAAUCUGACUGAUUGCUGUAGAUUGUAAUUUACCUUAGAGGAUUGUAAACUGACAGAAGGGUGUCUGACACUUUUUUAGCUCAUAUUGUCUCUAAAGAGGGACGAUUGGACAACUUCACCUUUUAUAUUAAACGUUUAGAUUGUGGUAUGUUAGCUAUAUUCUCUCCGAGAUGCUUUAGGAUGGUUAAUCUGUUCUUUUUUCUACAUGAAGGUUUCACAUGGCGGGUGAGCCGGUGUUGCUGGCUGUUCUAUAUGCUUCAAUGACUAUAUUUUUACAGUGUAUAAAAUGUGUAUAUGUACAUAGGAGUCACGGAAAUGCCUUCUCAUACAACAUGAACUUCCUGUUCCUCCUGCCAUGUUAAGUUACAGUAUGUGGUGAUGUUCUCUUGUCUGAUUUUAAAGGAUUAAACGUACUUUCUAAAACUUU